CAGCUGUAAGGUUAACUUUCAAUAAUAGUCUUUACAACGAACUAAAAAAAAACAAUAAUCUAACAGUUAAGUGCAUAAAUGUGUUUUUUUUUAAAUUAUUUAAAUGGAACAACACUUUCUUUCAAGAUAUAAAUAUUUACUUAUAUGUCUCAUUCCAAAUAUUAUGAUACUUUUCGGCUACUAUGAAAAUUAUAUCAAGGAUCAAAAGGGGAUUAUACUUUUUAAGAAAGUAGAAAGGGCCGACACAGCUUACACAGAUUUAUCAAAAUAUUUAGUAGACACAAAAAACUGUAAAAUCCCAGAUAUUGAUCCUUUAAACAGCGAUGUUUGGCCAUAUUACAAAAAACAAGAUUAUGUCAGUUGCAGAACUAAAGAUUUAUUAACGUAUAUUGAUAGAAACGAGGACAAAAUCUUCCUGAAGAUUGAUUAUACACUCCUAGACGUGUAUAGUCUUUACCCAAUCACUUGUUGCUAUUCGAACGUGAGUCGAGGAAACGGAAAUGACUUAGACGAUAGCAUAAGUUUUUCAGAUUGCGAGGAAUUCCAAGACCGUGUGCAAGUAUAUUCCGAUUUGGUAAAAGUCACCUGCAAGACGGAAUACACCGAGAUUUAUUCAAACGUCCACAGCAUCUUCCGAAAAAACUUUGAGACCCAAAUGAAACGGGAUUCUUUCAACGAUUUUAGUGUUUUGCUAAUUGGUAUAGACACAAUGUCGCAAUUGAAUUUAAUACGAACUAUGCCAAAAACGCAACGUCUUCUGGAGAAAAACAACUGGGUUAAUUUGAAAGGAUAUAAUAAAAUCGAUGAUAACACGUUCCCCAAUUUGAUGGCGAUUUUAAGCGGAAUGAAUUUGUCUCAAGUCAUUAAGAUUUGUAAUCCUGAGAAAAAAUUUAUUGAUGACUGUGAUAUAAUAUGGAAGCGAUUUAGACAAUUCGAUUAUGUUACUGCCUACGCAGAAGAUGAGACAAAAUUGAAUACUUUCAAUUACUUGAUGAAAGGGUUUAAUAAUACUCCUACGAGUUUCUAUUUUCGGCCUUAUUUUCUUGCAGCUGAAACACUGACAGUUGUUACACAAUACCUAUCUUCGUAUUGUACCGGUCCUGAAACUUCAGGUGAACGUAUUUUAAGUCUUAUCAAAGAUUUCUGUACUGUUUUCGUUGACAAAUUAAAAUUCGGUUUGUUUUGGAUGAACACUUUCAGUCACAAUAAUAUUAACACAGCCUCAGGGAUGGACGAUGUUUUUGAAAAAUUUUUGACCGAUUUUAUGGCCAGUCCCGCCGCGGAAACUACCAUUAUGGUGUUUUUCAGCGAUCAUGGUUUCAGGUUCGGCAAAAUUAGAUACACUUACAGUGGUUGGUUGGAAGAACGACUUCCUUUUAAUUAUAUUUGGGUCCCCAAAUCGUUUCAAAGCAAAUAUCCUGAAGCUUAUAAUAAUCUUAAGAUUAAUGCGAACAGAUUGACCACCCCCUAUGAUCUUUAUAUGACACUUCAGGAUAUUUUGUAUCGCUCAAAUAAUAAUUAUGUGAUACAGCCAAGUCUUGCAUGUCCCAAUUGCCGAUCUUUGUUUCAAAGAGUUAAUGAGGAACGGUCGUGUGAUGAUGCUUCUAUUUCGCAACACUUGUGUACUUGUAUGGGACAUUCCCCCAUUGAUCCAAAUUCGAAAAUUGUGAAGAAAGCGACUUAUUUUGCUUUAGAUAAAUUGAAAAGUACGAUAAAUUCGUUUCACGACGGGCCAAGUAUGUGUUCUACUUACGACUUGAAACAUGUUAUUUCGUCAGGAAUAACCGAUACUUUUUACAACAAGAAACACGAAUCUUUCAAUUAUUUACUUAUAGUUUUUGAGACUUUCCCAAAAGCUGUGUUUGAAGCGACUGUUAGUGUUUCUUAUCAAAAUUUCAUUCCGUUAUUUACUUUGCAAGGGAUUAUUAGUCGAGUCGAUAGGUACGGGAAUACAAGUGCUUGUGUCAAAAAUCCAGUUUUGAGGAAGUACUGUCACUGUAAUAGUUUUUAUACGUUUAUGAAAAAGACUGUAGAUAUAUUGUUUAAUAAUUAAAACGAUUUUUUGUG